CAGGCAUUUCUUCGCUGUAGAAGUGUAGAAGAGGACGCAAUCGGGAACGGAAAGAUGCGUCAGAGUAACGUUGACCGCGAUAAUUGGAGGGUGUCGUGUCGAGAGAGACUCUCAAGCCACAUUCGAAACACGCUUGGAAUCAUGGUAAAGCCAUCCGAAGUUCGUCUCAGUCCGGGACCAAAUGAUCCAUACGCUUGGAAGAUCUUGCCUGAGAAGCAUCUGGCUUUCUCGGAGAUCUUCUCUAAGAAUCUAAGUCAGCAUUCUAUUAAUGCAUAUAAAGCCUUAUGCGAAGGUGUUGGAAUCUCAUUUGAGGCAGUGUAUGCAAGUACGAAUGAUACAAACAAAUUAAAUCAGCUAACACCGCUACAAUUGGACGACAUCAGCUUUAGCACGAAGAUUGAGCAUCUUCAAAGUGCAAAUAUCAAGCUGCUGGAGGAGAUGGAAGCAUGGAAGGAGAAGGCCGUCGUAGAAUCUGAGCGAGCAAAACUUACAGAUGAACAGUACCGCAGACUCCGUGAGAGUUCAGAAGAACAGCUACGUAAGAUAUGUGAGAGUAAUCAACACCUUCAAGAGCAAGUGGAGAACUCUGCUGCUAGCACGGAAUACUUGAAGAAUACGCUUUUAAAGUGUGUUCAGGGGUUAGGGACAGCAGUGCCAAUGUUGGAGGAAUUGAGGAAGGGAAUAUCAUUCGUAGUUUCUUGAAUCGG